AUGAGGCUAACUUUUUCAAAAUGGUGGUGUUGUUACGGUUUUGGUAGCAGAAAAGCAUUUGUUAAUUUUCUGAUAUAGCAACAACCACAAUCAUGGGACGAAGUCGAAGCCGAUCUCGUUCACCGCUUGGAAGAAGAGCUAGGAGACGGUCCACAUCUAGGGAAAGGCAAUCUCACAGAAGAAGAAAAGAUAGAAGUCGGUCAAGAAGUAGAUCCCCAAAGCACUACCGACCAAGGUCAAUAUCACCAAGAAGAAGAAGAUCUCAUUCACGGUCACCAACAAGGAGGAGGUACAACAGAAGCCAUUCAAGGUCACGGUCACCAGCUCCAAGCAAGGAAACUAAAAACACAAGUGGUCCAUCUGGACCUAAGCCUAAGGAUAAGCUUGAAGCACCUCUAACUGAAGAAGACAGUGAAAUGAUGAAAUUAAUGGGCUUCUGUAACUUUGAUACAACAAAGGGCCAGCAUGUACCUGGUUCUAACAAUGCAUCAGCUUCGACUAUAAAAGUAAAUAGACGAUACAGGCAAUAUAUGAACAGAAGAGGUGGCUUCAAUAGACCCCUGGAUUUCAUUGCAUGAGGUGCUGGCUACCUGUAUCAGGAGUUUCUCCUGCAACUAGACUCGUUAUACUGCACAACGGCCUCUGGUGGCUAAUUUACAAAUGGAAUUUUUAAAAUAAAUACUGCUAUGGCAAUAUAA